UUGGUCUACACAAGGACAACACAUCUCUUCCGAAAUGGGGCUGACCAGAGUUAUUCUAGGGGUGCUGGCCUUGGCAACUUUGUGCGUUCCACCAGGAAGGCUUGUUGUGGAUGCCAUGAUAGACCAGAUCGAUGGUGAAGGGCUCAUCAAUCUUGGUAACAGAGAUCGUAUCUGGACUCCUGCUGUGAAUGUUUCCAUCCCACUCGCUCAAAUCACAGCGUCCAUGUCAAAUUUUUCUUUUCGGACUUUUGAUCCGGAGGGUGUCUUAUUCUAUGGGGAUACAAAUGAAGGGGAAGACUGGUUUAUCCUCUCUCUACGCAAUGGUGUCCCAGAGAUGCAGAUUGGGAAGGGAGAUGAUUUGGUCUCUGUGGCAGGUGGCCGCACACUGAAUAAUGGCAUCUGGCAUAGGAUUCAAGUCUACAGCGAAGAAAAGACAGUGGCGCUGAGGGUCGAUGGCAGGCGGGAGCUGGCGAUGGGCGUGCACUCUCAUGAUAUGGAUUUCGGUACGGACGGAUACAUGCGAUUGGCCCUCGGAGGCAUCCUGAUCAACCCAAAGAAGAUUCUCAUCCCAUUCAAUCCUCUGCUGGACGCGUGUAUUCAAGGAGGCCGCUGGCUGAAUGUCAAGAAAUCGUGGGAUGCCUCUCGAAGGAGGAGGAAGAAUGCGGCCGUUCUGCCUUGCUAUCCUGACAUCAAAAAGGGAAGCUUCUUCCCUGGUUAUGGGCUCGCUCUUUUCAACUCCACUGACCUUCUUAGAGUUGAUCCAGAGGAAGAGAAGAUCAUCAUAACUGUAAAUCCAUCUUCAAAGAGAAUGAAUGGGACCAUACUUUCCAUGCGGUCAUUUGAAUCGCAUUCAACAAUCCUGAGCCUGGCUGAGGACAUCGAAGCUGGGAUGAUCGUUUUCAAAGUGGACACAGAUUCCAUUCCCAUACAUCUGAAGUUUGAUAAGGACUUCAAUUCUUUUAAUGUGAUCAUCCAAAAAGACUCAGUGGCAUUUGCAAGAAAACCUGAUUCAAGUGAAUCUGAGCAGCAGUUAAACAUUGAGGGUGACUAUAGCAAUAUUUUGACACAGUGGAAUGCAGGAAUGCUGCGUCUCGCUUUUGGUGGGAUGUUAGCAGAAUCAGAGCUGGAUAUUGACAACAGUGGUACUGAUUACUUGGAGGGCUGUAUCGACUCAAUUUAUGUCCAAAGACAAAAAAUUGAUUUGGAUGCGGCCUUUUUCAAGGAUGAGGAAGUGUCUUCCUACAGCUGCCCUGUUUAAAUUGUGAGGGGAAGAUGACAAAGAUGGACCCAUCUUGUUCUUAAACGUUCUUUUCAUUUGUAAACUGUUCCGGUAACUGCUGUGCAGAUGACAAAUCAUGUGUUGUAUGACCAUAGAAAUGUUCUUAUCCGGUUUUAAUGUCCUUGGUUCUUAAUGAACUCAUUGUAUUGACAAACUCAUGUGUGUGCGCUGUGUAAGAGGUGCAAUGAUAGAACGAUACAAUGAUAUUAUGAUACAAAGUGAGGUAUAAAUGUGUGAGAAACAACUGAAUGUGUCUUUGGUGCACUGACUUUGUUUCUGUAUCCUGACUGCCUGAUGCAUAUGAGACCUCUCUGCAGAGAUUAGCAAACUACUAACGAGAAAGAACUUCAUCUCUCAGCAUGUACAGAUCUCUCACCUAAAUGUUGUCCAUGUUCCUAUUGAAAUUAAACAUCAAUUAAUGUAUUCAUUCAUAAUU